CAAAAGGAUUUGGAUAUAAUCGAGCUGGCGUUCAACCACAUAAACAGCGAUGACGCUAUUCUUCUAAAUACAAAAUUAGAACCGAGAUGGGGUCGGGUACCAGCCUCUGAUCCAUUUUCUGCUGUAAGAACAGUUUGUGAUAUGUUUCCCGAGAACAUCACUGCCGUAUUGUCUUCCACAUCAUGCGAAACUAGCCUCGCAGUACAGUCGUUAGUAGAGACAUUUCAAAUUCCACAUGUUGAGGUCCCGCGAGAGAAAUGCGCCGUGCAGCGCCAGAAUGGGUUUAGUGUUAGCAUACGACCCGAUUACUCGCAUAUAAGUCGAGCCACGUUGGAUUUGAUGUUACGACUGGGGUGGAAACAAGUCAGUAUUUUCUACGAUUCAGACACAGCUUACAAGAAUGUUGAAGAUUUAUUACUUCUCUCGGCGGCACUGACUGAAACUUACCCACCCCACUUCCGGUUGUUUCGUCUCAAGCAGAAUGUGGCCACGAGCAAGCUUGACUUUGUUCACCCUCUUCACACUGUCAAAGAUUCCAAGACCUUUAACAUGGUGGCAUACUGCAGUACCAUGAAUAAUAUCAAGUUAAUUAGACAGGCGGCCAUGUUUGGAAUGACCGUCGGGGAAUACCAUUGGAUAGUUGCAUCACAUGAGUGGAGUAAUGCAUUUGGCCAGCCUCUUGCCGAUAGAUUCAUUCGAUAUAACGAGGAGCCUGUGGAUGAGUUCCGGUUCUUCAACGGUUCCAAAGGCAUCUUGACCCUGCUGAAGCAGAGCGUGAAGAUUGACCCCACCCGGGAAGAUUUCUACCAAGCCUGGUUGACCCUUGACCCUGAUCUAGAAACACAACUAGAGGAGAACGCAACAGAAAUCAUGCCAGAUUAUCUACAGCCUAUUGAGUAUCACAAAGCAUACCUGUACGAUGCUGUGCGCGCUCUGGCGGUUUCCAUUUCGGAUGUGGUAGGCAAAGGACGCUUUGUCGAGCCCGAGAUCUCCCGUUGCUAUGACAACACUCAUCGCAAUACACGGGGCUCCAACCGGCUUAAGAAGGCACUGAAUAAGGUCGAAACUGAAGGUAUGAUGGGAAUAAUUCAGUUUAACCGAACGGGAUACAACGAAGAGGUCGCUAUUGAUAUCAUCAGUGUGGAAGGAAGAAAUAAUGAUACCAAAGCCUGGCAGAUUGGAUCUUGGGAUCACGAGUCGAAGCUCACCCUGGAUCAGUUUCCUUUCAGCAGACGAUAUGAUGAUUUCCAUAACAAGACAUUCAACAUCGUUACUAUUGAGGAAGCGCCAUUUGUAACAUUGGAAGAUACAGUCAAUGGUCCGAAAUACACCGGGUUCUGUAUUGAUAUGCUGGAGAAAAUUGCCGAGAAACAGAAUUUCAAAUACAAUCUAUACCUGGUAGGUGAUAAAAACUAUGGCGGUAGGAAUGAAGACGGACGAUGGAACGGGUUGGUCGGUGACGUGUAUUAUGGGAAAGCAGACAUGGCCGUAGCAGGGAUGGUGAUCAACUCAGAUCGUGAAAAUGUGGUUGACUUUACAAAACCUUACAUGAAUUACGGUGUGGGUAUCUUACUCAGAAAGCCACAGAAGAAAUCGAACGUCUUCGCAUUCCUCGAACCACUUGAUAUAAAGGUAUGGGGUUGUGUCCUGGCCUCUCUGUUCGUGGUUGGAUUCCUUAUCUUCAUCUUGGAUCGUCUAAGUCCAUACAGUGCUUAUGGGAAGGGUGGACCCGAUUGCGACGAAGCCGAUGACUUCAAUCUCCUCAACAGUCUCUGGUUCGCCUUCGCUUCUUGUCUUCAGCAAGGAGGUGACAAUACACCUGUAUCAGUGUCGGGUCGGAUGUUGAGUGCUUUCUGGUGGUUCUUUGCCCUCAUCAUCAUCGCCACCUAUACGGCUAACCUGGCCGCUUUCCUGACAGUGACCAGGAUGGAAAACCCUAUCAACUCCCUGGAGGACUUGGCCAAUCAGAACAAGAUCUCCUACGGUACCAUCGAGAAUAGUAGCCUUCACAGAUUCUUCGAGAAGAGGAAAAACCAAGUCACCUACGAGCGAAUGUGGGACUUUAUGACAUCGACUUCUGUAAGUCCUUGGGUGCCUUCGGACAAGGCCGGCUACCAAAGGGUCAAGACCGAGGACUAUGCCUUCUUCUGGGACGCACCGAUCUUGGACUACAUCAAGCAGACAGAGUGUGAUCUCAUGACCGUUGGCAAACCAUUCAACCUCAAGGGAUAUGGCAUCGCCACGCCGCAGGGGGCGGCCUACAGGGAUAACCUCUCCGUUGCUAUCCUGAAGCUGCAGGAAGAGGGCAUCCUUGAAGGGAUCCGCAAGAAGUGGUUCGAGCGGGAAUCCAUCUGCCCCGAGGAGAUCGUCAACAACAACCCCAACUCCAAGGCCUCGGCCAUCGGUCUCUCAAAGAUCGCAGGAGCUUUCUACGUCCUCAUCAUCGGUGCCGUUCUCUCGUUCAUUGCCGUCAUCGUUGAGCACAUGUGGCAUCGACCACCGUCGUUCUACAAACGAAAGCGACAGAUGGAGGCGCGCAAAGCAAAAGAAAAGGAUUGGAGUGAAAAACUUCCAACAUCACGAAAUAAUGGUUCAGCUAUACAGGAAAACAAUAGCAAGCACAUGGUUGUUCAGGAGAGUGAGAGUAUGGUAUUACAACCCCUUCGACCUACACCAUGGAGUACUACAGAAAGUUCAUGCUAGCACGGACCCCUGACUGCUUCGCAAAAUGACGACCACAGCAAUCAGGACAAAUCAAACUGUUCGGAUGUUUUUACAAGUUGUAAAAACACAACAUCCAACAUGAUUCAUGUGAGAAGACCGAUGGGAGACAAACAAAACGACGCUAUAUCCACGCAGAGCUAUCUUAUGCAACGAAUACGGAGAAUAAAGAAAAAAAACUCGAACUUCAAGACACACCGUCGAGAGUCAUCAUUGUUUUUCCCAGAUGCCCGUCAUUGGACGAAUCGAAAUUUUUCGACAUUAAACGGGUGAUUUCUUCUAGAUAACAAAACAUUUCGAGUUCUGCUGUUAUCAAACAUUAAUUUGAAUAACCAGAAAGAAGUUGUGUGGUGUUGACAAGCCACAUUUCUCUAUUCUUCGGUUCACCGCAGGAUAUCAGACAUUGUUAUUUCUCGAUCGAAAUUCUGUUCGAGUUACCGGUAUACCGGUAUUGCAUCACGUUUCUGCGAUAAUGACCUUGACAUGUACAUGACUUUGAUGGAAUGAAAUCAUAAUCAAAUCAGUAUUUUCUAUUCAGAUUUGCUUGAAAUAAGUUGAAAUACAUCCAUCCACGAAUCAGAUGACAAUCUUGAGAUUCUGAUAAAGCACAAACAGCGUGGUGAAUAGUCAGUUUAAAGAGGGCUUUUUUUUUACAACUCUUAGGACAUCUUGUCUCACAACUCAAUUAUUUGGUCAUGCAGCGUCAUUAAAAAGACAGAAAAUAAUUAUAACCAGUGCUUGUUACGGAUAAGCGAGGAGAAAGUAGUCAUGUGAAUAUCCGUUUCGACUCCUUUUGACGCCAAAAUAUUACUAUCAUAAAACACCACAUGCUGUUGAUGGACAAUGCUUUUUCAUAUUGUUAACGGUGAAAACCGUUCAUAUAUAUUCAUGAAUUAUAUAAUCAACAAAAAAUAUG